AGGCGGAACUGCUUCGCAUAUGGCACCCGGGCCGCUUUGAAGCGGGGGAAAGGAGGUUUUGGCAAACUUUUCAUCGCAGAAGCUUUUCACUGUUUAUGAAGAUCUAAAGGGAAAAUUUAGAGAAUUCCGUUGCAGUUGACUUGAUGAAUCCCUCACUUGUUGCUUACGAAGAUUCAGACUCUGAGACAGAGGAUGGGAAAUCUGAAGAUGCCACUGCCGGUGGAAUAAAUGUUACAAAUUCUGCUAUGACUGCUGCUCAGCCUUGUGAUGGGAUAGUCAAAAAUUUUGAUAGCACAUUCCAACCUGUGGAAUACAUGGGCAGUUCCAGGAGUAAAAUGUUUCAUGAAGAUACUCUUCUCCAGCACCUGAAACCUAAUAAAAAGUAUAUGGCAACCACACUUCCUAAGAAAUUACAGCCUGAUACACCUAGACUAUUUUCUGCAAAUGAGACUUGCUCCCAGAAGAGGCCCUGUGAUUACAGCGAAGUUACUAUACAAGGGCUGAGACCAUAUAUUUCUAAAAGACUGCGGCAGGAAAAAAAUCCACUUCUUUGUGAAGCUGAAGACAGUGGCCAGAGCACAAGUUGUGCAGCCAAACUUGAUACAGCAGGAGAACAGAUGUCCUUUAAUACUUCCCAAUAUAUUAUGCCAUACAUAGGUUCUAAGUAUGGGAUAACUGAAAUUCCUAGGAACCUGGUAUUUCAGAUGUCUGAUCACAGCGGUCCAGUUAAUGUGGUCCAGUGGUGCCCUGUGCAGAAGUGGAGCCAUAUGUUGCUCUCUGCAUCUAUGGAUAAAACUGUCAAGGUUUGGGAUGCUGUGGAUCGGGGCCGUUGCUUGAAAACAUACCUUUGCCACACCUGUGCUGUUCGAGCUGCCCAGUGGACCCCCUGUGGGAGAGGUGUUCUGAGCGGAGGGUUUGAUUCUAUGCUUCAUUUAACCGAUAUUGAAACAGGAGCACAGACUUUUAGCAGCAGGACUGACUUUCGAAUUAGCACCUUGAAGCUUCACCCUCUUGAUCCAAAUGUUUGUAUCUGUGGAGGAUUCAGUCCAGAGGUCAAGGCCUGGGAUAUCAGGUCUUCCAAGGUAAUAAAAGUUUACAAAGCUGCGGUACAGCAAACCUUAGAUAUCAUGUUUCUCCCUGAAGGAAAAGAAUUUCUUACCAGCACCGAUGCUGUAAGCCAAGAUUCAGCUGACCGUACCAUCAUUGCCUGGGAUUUCCACACAGCUGCAAAGAUCUCCAAUCAAAUCUACCAUGAACGUUACACCUGCCCCAGUUUUGCACCGCAUCCUAAGGAGCCUGCCUUCGUUGCUCAGACAAAUGGCAACUACCUGGCCUUGUUCUCUAGCCUGCGGCCCUACAGAAUGAACAAAAAGAAGAUAUACGAAGGGCACAAGGUUGAAGGAUUUGCGAUAGGCUGCGAGUUUUCCCCCGACGGAAUGCUACUUGUCACAGGAAGUUCGGAGGGCAAAGUGUUUUUCUACAACUAUCGCACGGCUCGGAUCACUCGCACGCUGUCCGCGCAAAGCCAGGCCUGCGUGUGUGCAACUUUCCAUCCAGUCCUUUCGUCGCUCCUUGCUACAUGUGGCUGGGACGGAGUCAUCAAGAUCUGGCAGUGAUAACAUCAGUGAUCUUAAAAAUCAACAUAUAU